AUGCAGUACGGCGCGGCGGCCGAGCAGGCGUGGUACAUGCCGGCGAUGCCGGUCACCUUGGCGGCAGAAACGGCGGCGGAGCGGGUGGAGCGCCUGGCGUCGGAGAGCGCCGUGGUGGUGUUCAGCGUGAGCAGCUGCUGCAUGUGCCACGCCGUGAAGCACCUCUUCUGCGGCAUGGGCGUGCACCCCACCGUGCACGAGCUGGACCUCGACCCGCGCGGCCUCGAACUGGAGCGCGCCCUCGCCGACCUCCUCGGCUGCGCCGUCCCCGGAGGAGCCGCACCGGUCGUUCCCGUCGUAUUCAUCGGCGGCAAGCUGGUCGGCGCCAUGGACCGCGUGAUGGCCGCGCACAUCAACGGCUCCCUCGUGCCGCUGCUCAAGGAGGCCGGCGCUCUCUGGCUCUGA